UGGAUGGCUCAUAACCAAGAGAUUAUGAUUUGUGAUCUUUCCAUUUAUCUAUGACGGUGUAAUCUCCUAUAUAAAGAACCUCUAUGUUAUGAAUAAAUAUUGACUUUUCUAUUACUUUUAUAACAUAAACCUUUUCCCCAUUUUCGUUCCUGUCUCUCCGCUCGUAGCAAAUCUUGAGCACCCACACAAAUCUCGUCCAUAGGUUUCUGGAUUUGAGGUGACGUUUAUUGAAAUUUUGUUAUUCUCUUGUGGUAUUGGAUGCGAGAGAAGUACUCUCUCCAUUGAAGUUUCUGUCGAUGGAUGAUCUACUUUUUUAAAUAACAAUUAUGAAAUGUGUGAAGUGUUCUACGAGAAUAGAUAAUUAAAACUGGUGCUGAUCAUAUCGGAUAUUUAUUAAUAACAAGUUGUAAUACCUAGGUGGAUUCAUUCUUCUAAUGAGUUUUUUCAUACUCAUCAUCCAUAUCCUGUAAAAAACUCAAUUCAUAUAAAUCCAUUGAGAAGUUCUGAGUGUAAAGAUAAUCCAUAUGCUGUGUGGUAGUUUGUUUCCUGUAAAAUUCUUGGUCAUUGUUUGUGUUUCUUCUCUGUUUUCAUUUAGUUAUGAACCUAUGAUAAGUCUACUUAAUCUACAUACUCUGCUUUUCAUUGCUUGUAAAUGUAGUUUACUUGAUGGAUAAUAACAAUUUGACACCUUCUUUUCCAAAAGGCGAGCCUGCCAUGGACACAUGUGACUGGAGAGCUCAAUUGCCAUCUGAUUCACGUGAGAAGAUCAUCGGCAAGAUAAUGGAAACAAUAAGGAAGCAGCUUCCGUAUUCUGGACCAGAAGAAAUUAAAGAGCUUAGGAGAAUUGCUUCCAAAUUCGAGGAGAAAAUUUUUGGUUGUGCUGCUAAUCAGUUGGAUUACCUUGGAAAAAUAUCCAUAAAGAUGCUGACUAUGGAGAUUACUAAAUGGCAAAGUGCAGCUGGUUCUUCUUCUUUACCUUUUCCUUUACCUAUCCCUGGUGUUUAUAACAGUCUGUCCUUGUAUCCAGGUAUAAGCCCUUCAUGCAUGUAGUAGCAGAUGCUUUUAUUGGUGUGUAAAUUUAACGUAUUAAUCUCUUCAUGUUGUUUCCAAAAAAAAAAAAAAAAACUCUUCAUGUAAGUUAGAUUUAUAUGCUAGUAUAUACCAGAACACAUAAUAAUAACAUGAAAUUUUUUGAGUGUGUUGGAAAUAUUAUCACGAUUCAUUUGUUAGUCGUCUUGUGAAGGUUGUCAUCAGAUGACAAUGGAAGGCCCCAUCAAAGCAGAGCCUGCUGUGAACGCAAGUGACUGGAGAACUUGUCUGCUACCGGAUUCACGCAAGAAGAAUGCCAACAAAAUGUAAGUUCAUUAUGCAUUGUGUGUUUGUCACUCAGAAAUAGUAGUUAUCUUUGCUUGCUUCAAAGCCAGCUUAAUGCUAAAGCUCUGUAGAAAAAUCAAUGUUACAACGUUCUGACAUAUUGCCUGCCUUACGUGAGCAGAAAGGGAACAGUAAAGAAACAUAUUCCAAACCGUGGGAAAGAACGAAACAAAGAGCUCAAGAAAAUUGCUGCCACCUUCGAGGAGUUGAUUUUCAACACUGCUAUUGAUCAGGUUUCAUCAUUCCUAUCAAACAUUGUUUUUGAAAUUAUAUAAAAAUUUC